AUGGAUUGUACUUCCGGUUUGCGACCACAGAAUGGCAUAGAUGGUGAUUAUGGGAAGCGUGUUGAUGCCUGUUUGGCAUCGGACGCGGGGAGUAGAAUUUGGACAAUAGAUGUCUGGUCAUUCUCGUACCAAAAAUACUACUGCUUCGUCCAGGAUUCGAAACAAGAUCUCACUGACAGUGGACUGAAAAAAGUUGGUGUAUACAUCCAUCAGCUUGUACACUGCGUACUAGUUCUUGACGCGCAUGCGUGGAAUUACACUGGUGAUCACAAUGUUGGCGUCGGAAAGAAGGAAUACCUGAAAGAUGAACAUAAUCCUGGAAUUAUGGAACUCAUGAGACGAGUUAAGAACGUCAUGGAUCCAAGCAGCAUGAUGAAUCUGGGGAAGGCGGGAUAG